UUCUGUCUCUAGUCUUGCGCGAGACGCUACAGUAGUGGUCUUGUGAUUGUAUCACUGUCGGAGGUUAAGAAUACACGGUGAAAAUUUUGAGAAUUGUAUAUGUAUGUAUGUACGUAAACAUUGAGGAACGUAUGAAGAGUUAACGUUUUACGUUCGUUUGAGUAAAAGUUUACUGUUUGAUAAUAAGAUGUAUUCUUUGAUACAUAAAACAGAAAAUGCCCACGAGGAUAGUAUAUGGACUUGUGGAUGGGGUUGUCCAAAGAGAAAGAGAGAUAUCCAUCCGGAUAAUGAGGAUUCACGGGACUCUAUACGAUCUAACGAGGAUGAGACGGCAGAGUAUCUAGUAACAGCUUCUGUGGACGAUUCUGUGAAAGUAUGGGAACUAACGGACGGUGCUUUGAAGUUAAAACACAAAUUAACUGGCUAUUCAUUGGGAGUUGUGUCCAUAGCUAUUAGUUCGGACGGAUCAAAAUGUGCUUCAAGUUCGCUCGAUUCUAGUCUGAAAUUAUGGGACUUGCACUCCGGCAAUAAGCUAUUGAGCAUCGAGGUUGGCCCCGUAGACAUUUGGACCUUGGUCUUUUCUCCCGAUGAUAAAUUCAUUGUAUCUGGCAGUCAUGCCGGUAAGAUACAUCUAUAUGGGACCGAUAACGGUAAACAAGAACAGACAUUAGACACGAGAGGUGGCAAAUUCACAUUAAGUGUUGCUUAUAGCCCUGAUGGUAAAUACAUUGCAAGCGGUGCAAUAGAUGGUAUUAUCAAUAUUUUUGAUGUUGCUUAUGGAAAAGUUUUGCGUACACUGGAAGGUCACGCAAUGCCUAUCAGGUCUUUAUGUUUUUCACCUGAUUCUCAGAUGCUUCUUACAGCAUCUGAUGACGGACAUAUGAAGCUCUAUGAUGUCAAAGAUGCAAAUCUAGCCGGAACAAUGUCGGGUCAUGCUUCUUGGGUACUUGGCGUGGCUUUCUCUCCGGACGGACAGCAAUUUGCAUCAAGUAGUUCUGAUCAUACAGUCAAGAUCUGGGAAUUAGCACAAAGACAAUGUCUGCAUACAUUUCGCGAACAUAAGGAUCAGGUAUGGUCAGUAAAGUAUAACCCGCAGCGAAACAACAUUAUUGCAUCAGUGUCUGAGGAUAAAUCUAUUAAUUUAUACGAAUGUCCCAUAUACGACAAAUAAUCGCACCAAGGAUCAAUAAAUAUUUUUUAUUUGCUA